AAAGGUGGAGAUAAAACCUUUCAAAGCAUCCUCCUCAAAAUCCAAUCUCUCUCUUUCAAUUGCCAUCUCUUCGAUCAUCAAGUCCAAAGGUGUGAGAUCAAUUUCCCUGUUAACAUCAGAAGAAAUCCUUGAUUCCAUCAAUUAGGGUAUUAUCUCAAUCGCUUUAAGAUGCCGGCCACCGCAGGGAGGGUUCGUAUGCCGGCGAACAACCGGGUGCAUAGCAGCGCCGCCUUACAAACCCACGGGAUUUGGCAAAGUGCAAUUGGGUAUGACCCUUAUGCGCCUAAUAAAGAUGAUUCCAAAAAUCAAUCGACUCAGAUGACUGCCGCUGCUGAACCUGAUGGCGAAAACGCGUAUGCUAGCUUUCAAGGGCUUUUAGCCCUUGCACGAAUCACUGGUUCAAACGCCGAUGAGGCUCGUGGAGCUUGUAAAAAAUGUGGGCGUGUUGGGCACCUUACUUUUCAGUGUAAAAAUCUCGUCAGUUUGAAGGAGAGUAAGGAGAAAGACCCUGAAGCGAUCCAGGCUGCGGUUCUUAAUGGACUGGAUAAGUUGAAGGGAGGGAAAGUGAAAGAGAAGAAGGAGGUGGAGAGUGAGGACGAUGACGAGGAGAGUGAGGAUUCGGAUUCUGAUGUGGAUUCGGAGAUUGAGAGGAUUAUUGCUCAAAGAUCUGGGCAGAAGGUUACCAGGAAAGGGAGGAAGUCUUCAAAGAAGAAGAAGGAUAGUGAUGCGGAUGAUAGUUCUGAUUCGGAUCAUGGGGAGAGAAAGAAGAGAGGGAGGUCAAAGAAAAGGAGUAGUAGGAAGAGGGGAAUUAGUGAAUCGAAUGACGAGGAUGAAGGUAGGAGGAAGAGGAGGAAAGAGAAGAGAAAGAAGAGGAAUGAAUCUUCAGAUGAGGAGGAUGAUCAUCGUCGUCACAGGAAAAGAAAGAGUAGGAAGGAGAAGAGGAGAAGAAGAAGUCAUAGGCAUUCUGAUGAUUCUGAAUCAUCAGAUGUAUCUGAUGGUUCUGGUAAACGGCAUCGGAGAAACAGCCAUAGGCAUGAAUCUCCCUUCGAUUCUGAUGUUAGUGGUUCUGACGAUUCACGGGUUGGAAGGCGUGUAAAGAGGUCUGGAAGCCCCAUCAUGAAGACGAUGAGUAGAGGCUUGUCAACCAAGGGAUUUAAAAGAGUGGGCAUAAUGUUUGUGCAGAAGUUGCUGAUAUCUUGGUGGACAAGAUUCUAUAAGUUAUCUGUUAUCGUGUGUGAUACAUCGAACAUGUAACUUUUCUUUGAAACAAGAAAAAAAAGAUGUAAAAGAAUUUGCAGAGGUGUUUUAUGUCUUGUGUUCAAUUGCCCUUUGAAUAAGGCUGAGGAGGUGUUCGAUCUCGUGUGUGUGUGUUGGGCAUAAGAUUGUCAUGGACAAUUGCUUGUUCCUUGAAGGUGUUGCUAUUUAAUUUGGCCAUCAUUUUGUCG